GGAGCAGGUGUCCGCGUGCGUUUCCAUCCUGGAGAGGCUCCUGCCGGCCCUGGACCCGCUCUACGUGAUCCAGAACCUCAGAGAAGAGCUUCAGAAAGGGCUUUUCCACCCCGACGACUCCGUGAAAAUCCUCUCCAUCUCUCAGGUUGGGAGGAUCGUUGAAAAUUCAGAUGCUGUUACAGAAGUUCUCAACAGUCCUGAAUUGUUACGGCAAGUAAUAAAUUGCAUUGGUGGAGAGAAAAUAGCAGUGGCUAAAGAGGCCAUCAAAUCUCUCUCAAGAAUAGCACAGACGCAAGAUGGCUUAGAGGCUUUAUUUGUGAGCAGUUUGUUGAGUGACUUGAAAAAUGUCAUGGCAACAAGUGAUGUCGUUCGAUACCGAGUGUAUGAGUUAAUUGUCGAGAUUUCUUCAGUGUCAGCAGAUUCACUAAAUUACUGUGCAAACAGUGGAUUAAUAUCAGAGUUAAUUGGAGAGCUGACUGGAGACGAUGUGCUGGUCAGAGCUACGUGUAUAGAGAUGGUGACCUCACUGGCCCAUACUCCACAUGGGCGUCAGUACCUUGCUCAACAAGGAAUUAUUGAUAAAAUUUCAAACAUCAUCCUUGGUGCAGAGUCGGAUCCUUUCUCGGGCUUCUAUUUACCAGGAUUUGUUAAAUUUUUUGGAAAUCUGGCUGUUGUAGACAGUCCACAGCAAAUCUGUGAACGAUACCCUGUCUUUAUGGAAAAAGUCUUUGAAAUGGCAGAAAGUAACGAUCCGACCAUGAUUGGAGUGGCUGUGGACACACUAGGAAUCCUGGGAUCAAAUGUAGAAGGCAAACAGGUUUUACAGAAAACUAGAAGUAGAUUUCAAAAUCUGUUAAACAGAAUAGGCCAUCAGGCAAAGAAUGCCCCCACAGAGUUACGACUUCGAUGCUUGGAUGCGAUUUCAUCUCUUCUUUACUUGCAUCCAGAGCAGCAGACAGAAGACCUUUUAAGAAUGACUGAAUCCUGGUUCACAUCCUUGUCUAGCCAGCCACUGGAACUCUUCAGGAGCAUCAGUACUCAGCCAUUCCCUGAUCUCCACUGUGGGGCUUUACGGGUAUUUACUGCUAUUGCAAAUCAACCGUGGGCCCAGAAGUUGAUGCUUGACAGUCCGGGGUUUGUGGAGUACGUCGUGGACAGGUCUGUGGAGCCUGACAAAGCUUCGAAGGAUGCCAAAUACGAACUGGUUAAGGCUCUUGUAAACUCUAAAACAAUCGCGGAAAUCUUUGGGAAUCAGUAUUACUUGAGGCUGAGGGCCUACUUGCGUGAAGGCCCUUAUUAUGUUAAGGCAGUUUCUACUACAGCCGUGGAAGGAGCAGAAUAA